CCCCCACCCCCCCCCCCCCCCACCCCCCCCCCCCCCCACCCCCCCCCCCCCCCACCCCCCCCCCCCCCCACCCCCCCCCCCCCCCACCCCCCCCCCCCCCCACCCCCCCCCCCCCCCACCCCCCCCCCCCCCCACCCCCCCCCCCCCCCACCCCCCCCCCCCCCCACCCCCCCCCCCCCCCACCCCCCCCCCCCCCCACCCCCCCCCCCCCCCACCCCCCCCCCCCCCCACCCCCCCCCCCCCCCACCCCCCCCCCCCCCCACCCCCCCCCCCCCCCACCCCCCCCCCCCCCCACCCCCCCCCCCCCCCACCCCCCCCCCCCCCCACCCCCCCCCCCCCCCACCCCCCCCCCCCCCCACCCCCCCCCCCCCCCACCCCCCCCCCCCCCCACCCCCCCCCCCCCCCACCCCCCCCCCCCCCCACCCCCCCCCCCCCCCACCCCCCCCCCCCCCCACCCCCCCCCCCCCCCACCCCCCCCCCCCCCCACCCCCCCCCCCCCCCACCCCCCCCCCCCCCCACCCCCCCCCCCCCCCACCCCCCCCCCCCCCCACCCCCCCCCCCCCCCACCCCCCCCCCCCCCCACCCCCCCCCCCCCCCACCCCCCCCCCCCCCCACCCCCCCCCCCCCCCACCCCCCCCCCCCCCCACCCCCCCCCCCCCCCACCCCCCCCCCCCCCCACCCCCCCCCCCCCCCACCCCCCCCCCCCCCCACCCCCCCCCCCCCCCACCCCCCCCCCCCCCCACCCCCCCCCCCCCCCACCCCCCCCCCCCCCCACCCCCCCCCCCCCCCACCCCCCCCCCCCCCCACCCCCCCCCCCCCCCACCCCCCCCCCCCCCCACCCCCCCCCCCCCCCACCCCCCCCCCCCCCCACCCCCCCCCCCCCCCACCCCCCCCCCCCCCCACCCCCCCCCCCCCCCACCCCCCCCCCCCCCCACCCCCCCCCCCCCCCACCCCCCCCCCCCCCCACCCCCCCCCCCCCCCACCCCCCCCCCCCCCCACCCCCCCCCCCCCCCACCCCCCCCCCCCCCCACCCCCCCCCCCCCCCACCCCCCCCCCCCCCCACCCCCCCCCCCCCCCACCCCCCCCCCCCCCCACCCCCCCCCCCCCCCACCCCCCCACCCCCCCCCCCCCCCACCCCCCCCCCCCCCCACCCCCCCCCCCCCCCACCCCCCCCCCCCCCCACCCCCCCCCCCCCCCACCCCCCCCCCCCCCCACCCCCCCCCCCCCCCACCCCCCCCCCCCCCCACCCCCCCCCCCCCCCACCCCCCCCCCCCCCCACCCCCCCCCCCCCCCACCCCCCCCCCCCCCCACCCCCCCCCCCCCCCACCCCCCCCCCCCCCCACCCCCCCCCCCCCCCACCCCCCCCCCCCCCCACCCCCCCCCCCCCCCACCCCCCCCCCCCCCCACCCCCCCCCCCCCCCACCCCCCCCCCCCCCCACCCCCCCCCCCCCCCACCCCCCCCCCCCCCCACCCCCCCCCCCCCCCACCCCCCCCCCCCCCCACCCCCCCCCCCCCCCACCCCCCCCCCCCCCCACCCCCCCCCCCCCCCACCCCCCCCCCCCCCCACCCCCCCCCCCCCCCACCCCCCCCCCCCCCCACCCCCCC